GAAGAUCCUCCGAGCCUUCAAUGACAACAAACGUAUCUAGCAUACCUUAUAUAUCCUGAAAACUUAAAAACGUAUUUGUGUUUGGGAUUGUUGAGGAAAAAGAUUGUCAACAGAAUGCCAUUCACAGAAAGUUACCUUAUCCACGCAAGAUAGGCAAGAUCUAUCGAUCAAUCUACCGGAAAUGUUGUGUAUGCUAGAGAUAGGCAAUUAGAGCGACCGGAAAACCAAACGACACUCAUGGAUAUGUCAUCCAAGACACUACACAACGAGCACAUUAAACGGCCAAUGAACGCCUUUAUGGUGUGGUCGCGUGGCCAACGUCGGAAGAUGGCACAGGAAAAUCCAAAAAUGCAUAAUUCGGAGAUCUCGAAGAGAUUGGGCGCCGAGUGGAAGCUGCUGACCGAGAGCGAAAAGCGUCCCUUCAUCGACGAGGCGAAAAGAUUGAGAGCUCUUCACAUGAAAGAGCAUCCCGAUUACAAAUAUCGGCCGCGCCGGAAGCCGAAGUCUCUGGUGAAGAAAGAGAACAAGUUUGGCUUCACGAUAACGCCGUUGAUAUCGCCCGGCGACGGUCUGUCGAAUCUACCACGUGGUCUCCUGCCGCCAUUGGCACCACCCGCGCAUCAUUCGUUGAUGUCGCACGAGGACUUGAAGAUCCCGCGCUUCUUCCCGCCGUUCCCCUACCCGCUCUAUCCGCUGCAGCACAAGCUGGGCGACGAUUUUAACGGUGGCAAACUGGCCGCCGAUCUGGCCCUUCAGGCACUCUACAGCGGCGGCACCUUCUAUCCGAGCCACCAGACAAUAGCGUCCUGGCCGACAGGUUUGUCAGCGGCCGCUUGCCUGCAGCCCAAUUGCAGUUGUCCCAGCCCGCCGAAAGAAUCCAAGAGGCCGUUCCCGCCGUCCAAGAUGGACGAUCCGCCCUUUCCAAGUCCGGCCAGGGCCGACGACAACGCCGUCAUCGCGGAACGGGAGGAGUCCCGGUACCGGAAGCUCGAGGAAGACUUCUCCACCGCCUUGGAGAGGCAUCAUCAUCAUCACCAUCAUCUUCAUCAAGAGGAUCGCUCUCAGGAUCGCUUCUCUUCGUCCUCCUCCUCUUCCCCACCCACGGAGCAGCCGGAAAAAUCAUCGACGACGACAACGUCCUCGACAUCGAGCGGCAGGAUCGACAACGCUCCUUUCUCCGUUCAGAGUUUGACGUCGAGCACCGGUAGUUCGAAUUCGGGCCUGCAGCGUGGACACAUUAUAUGAAGACCGCUUCCGGUUCUCCCGGAUCUCAACUUCCGGGGGAGCCUGGUGCCGGCCACGUGGCCGACUGCCGAUUGGUGGAGAGUGACUCCGAUGCUCUCGCCGAUUCCUCAGACGACGGUCGCGAGUCUCAGCACCGGCGUCGUCAAGGAGGACGUGCACUUUCAGGACGAGCAGCAGAUGAACGCGACGAUCGUGUCGAGAUCGCCGAGGAACGGCGUCCACAUCGCCAACGUGCAAUGAUUCGAUGAAUCGGCGUAUGGUGUACCUUAAAUUCCGGAUGAAUAUCUCUUCGGUCAUCUUAUCAUCAUCUCGAAGAUGAACCUUCUGUUUUGAAUCUUCGUCGCGAGACAUUUUCUUCUCCGAUGAGGGAAUUAUUAAAACCAGUCAUU